ACUCAAUACCAUUUCCGGAUUCAACAUUACGCACAUGGUUAGGAAAGAUGUUGUUUUGUCAAACAGUAGAUUUUAUAAAAUAAAUCACAACACUAGUUUCUACGGGAGUAAAACUGUAAUGAGGAGAAGAUUCUGUUGAAAUGGGAGACCGAGUGGAACUUGUUGUUGGAAGCUAUGAGCAGAUAGUGUUUGGGUACCGAGUUUCUCCUGCAGAAGAAGAAAAGCAGGAAUGGAGUUUAGAGCCAGUUUUCACACACCACGCUCACGCGGCGUGUCUGUCCGCAGUGGCCGCCAACGAGCAGUUCGUCGCUACAGGAAGCAAAGACGAAACCAUACAACUUUACAACAUGAAGACCAGAACGGAGCACGGAGCUUUACUACACCAUGAUGGUACUAUCUCGUGCCUGGAGUUUGGUUCUACAUCUCACUUGCUGAGCGGUGGGGAAGACGGCCUACUGUGCGUGUGGAGCACAAAGACGUGGGAAUGUCUGAAAUCCAUCAAAGCUCAUAUGGGUCAUGUGACUUCCCUCUCAAUGCAUCCAUCUGGAAAGCUUGCACUGUCUGUUGGAACGGACAAGAAGCUCAGAACAUGGAAUCUUAUUGAGGGAAGGGCAGCUUUUACCAAGAACAUUAAACAAAAUGCACAGAUCGUGCAGUGGUCACCAGCAGGAGAUAAGUAUGUUGUAGCCGUAAAUGAUAAAUUGGACGUCUACGACCUGGAGUCUGCCAGCGUCAUCGGCACCUUCAGCUACAGGAAGAGGAUUUCAUCUGUCAGAUUUAUAAAGAACACGCUGCUGGCCGUAGCAGGAGACGACGAACACGUUCAGGUGUAUGAGCUCACCUCUGAAAAGUGCAUCUGUGAGUUCAAAGCUCAUGACAACAGGGUAAAAGCACUGGACAGCUUUGAGAUGAAUGACUUGUGUGUGUUGGUCACUGCAUCUAACGACGGAUUCAUCAAGCUGUGGGACUUCAGUGCAGAGAAGCAUGAAGCAGUGCGUCUGCUAGGACAGGUGAACACCACUGCCCGACUCACCUGUCUGUCUGUAUGGAGAAGCAGCCCAAAGGAAGAGAAGUCGGACACGCAGCCUGCGACGUCUCAAUCUGAUAAGGAAGCUCUACUGCCACCCAGAAACAAGAGAGUGAGGAUCCACAAGGAGGAGGUGGUUGUUGAAGACGCACCAUCAAAAAGACAAGGAAAAAAGAAGAAAAUGUAAUGAGAAAUGUUUCAUGUGAAUGCAGGAUUCAUGAUGUUAUUUCUUUUUCUUUUUUCCAGAAUUGCAUUGCUAAAGAAGGAAGCUUUGUACAGUUUAAAAAGUAUAAAGUUUCAACCUGCUUGUAUGUGGAAAAAAUAUUUUAUCUCAUUGUACAUUUCCUCAAGUGUAUCUGCAAAACAAAUAUGCUACAUAACACGAAAUGUUGAAACGUGAAUUUAUAA